UUCUCCCUCUUCUCCCUGCCACUUGCUUCUCGCGCUCCUUGGUCGCUCUCAUGGAUGGCUCCACCCAUCGUCCCAAGCGCCGUCGCCUCGACAUCACCCCCAAGGCCCAGAAUGGCUUCAUCCAUUCUCCCGUAGAAUCCUCGUCCGACGAGUUGGCCGCGGGCUCCGACCACGACGAGGCCGAACGCCGCCGCGCCAGCUGGUCCAUCCAGAAGGCAUAUCCCCCACAGCGCCCAUAUCGCCGUUCGCGCAGCUUCAGCGGCUCCGAGAGUCCCGAUGAACUAGCCGUCGACGCGAAGGAGUACUGGUCGGCACGGAACCGCGUUCGCAGGUCGCCCUCGGAGCAGCCGAGCGCGGAGCCUUCCUCGGAGCGAUACGACGAAGAGGAGGAGGAAGACGAUGAAGAGGACGACGAACCCGAAGCCGAAGCCGAACCUGACCUCGAGCCUGAGACGGAACUCGAACCGGAACCAGAAGCCGAACCUGAACAGGAAGACGGCGCUGACGCCGAUGUCGAAGAGACUGAAAUGGCCGACGGCGAUGUAGAGGUCGAUGCAUCGUACGCGGAACGGUCGCCCACUCCGGUACCUCAACCACCACCGCCGCCGCCAAAACCGGACAAAGUGAAUUAUCACCAGAAGUAUUUACUACGGGGUCAUCUGCGGGGAGUCUCGGCGGUGCGCUUCUCGCCGGACUCCUCCAUGAUUGCAAGCGGAGGGGCGGACGGGGCUGUCAAGGUGUGGGAUACAGGCACAGGACGACUAAUCCAUACGUUCGAGGGCCAUCUGGCGGGCAUCUCCACCAUCUCGUGGAGUCCAGACGGAGCGACCAUUGCAUCUGGGUCGGAUGAUAAAACGAUCCGACUGUGGAAUGUUUUGACAGGCAAAGCUCAUCCGAUCCCCUUCAUCGGUCACCACAACUACGUCUACCAAAUUGCGUUUUCGCCCAAAGGCAACAUGCUCGUCAGCGGGUCUUACGACGAGGCGGUAUUCCUGUGGGAUGUGCGGUCGGCGCGGGUGAUGCGGUCGCUCCCCGCUCACUCCGAUCCAGUGGGCGGCAUCGAUGUGGUUUGGGACGGGACGCUGAUCGCGUCGUGCGCGACCGAUGGGUUGAUUCGAAUCUGGGACACGGCGACGGGCCAGUGUUUGCGGACCAUCGUGCACGAAGACAACCCGCCGGUGACGGCGGUCAAGUUCUCCCCGAACGGCAAAUACGUGUUGGCGUGGACGCUGGACGACUGCGUGCGACUGUGGGACUACGUCGAGGGGCGCUGCAUCAAGACCUACCAGGGCCACACCAACCGAAAGUACAGUCUGCAGGGCGGAUUCGGGGUAUACGGGGUGCGCGGGGGUCCGGUGCACGCGUUUGCCGUCAGCGGCAGCGAGGACGGAGCGGUACUCUGCUGGGACGUGGUGAGCAAGCAGGUGCUGCAACGCAUCGAGGGCCACACGGGGGUGGUAUUGGGGGUAGACACAUGCACGUUGGGCGAAGCGCGACUGAUGGUGAGCUGCGGCUUGGAUGGAACCGUCCGAGUAUGGGAGGAAACCGCCGAGCCAAACCCAUCAUCAGAAACAGAGAUGACCGACGAGACGACUCCGCAAACCAACGGGCAAAACGACGGUCAGUCAGGGCCAGCCCCAGCGCCCAUCCCCGAACCCGAAGACACGGAGAUGGGCGAAGCCACGGGCCCCGAGGGAUAGGAUAGGGUGUACAUUAUUCCGAAGCGAAAAGGACGGCGGCGUUACGGGAUGUAUAAUAGACACGAGGGAUGAUGAUAUACUGACAUUAAUAUCGACUACCAAGAGUGGCAUCACCAUUGCCACUGAUACCUAUCAUACCAUAACAUACCAUACAUAUGACAUUACACUCCAUUGUCAUGAUCGAUCCAUUACAUAGUACAG